UGCUUAAACCAGCCAAGCUCCAAAACAUAAGACAUAUCUUCAUCAACAUUAUUCAACUCUCCUUUUUCCCCUUUGAGAUUUUAAUUAGUUACAGUUUUUCACUUGGGGAAGAGUAUAUACUAUAUAGGAAACAAAGGGCAAAGAUGGAUGACUACAAAUAUGGAAGCCAGAUGAUUCAAACUGCUAGAAAACCAAAUAUUUACAAAGAAUUGAUAAAGAAAACUUUGCAGUUCUUAGUCCUAGUAUCUCUCAUAUCCUUCCUUCUUUCUUACACCUAUGGUUUCUCCUUCUUUUUCACCUAUAAUUUUCACUUCUCAGCUCUUGUUUUCCCACUCUUUGCACAUGUCUUUGAUAGGAAAUACAUGUUCCUACUUUGUAAUGGUAUUCUUGCAUUUCUUGCCAAGAACUUGAGUUGUAGUUCUUCUUCUUCUGAUGAACAAGAAGAUGUAUUAAUCAAAGGUAAAGAAGAAGUAGAAGAGAACAAAGAAGAAGUUGCAGAAGUAGAAGAAACUGCAGCAUGUUUAUUAUCAGAUACAGAAGCAGUAGAAGAAGGAAAUCAAGUGAAUAUGAGCAUAGAGGAACUCAAUAAGAAGAUUGAAGAAUUCAUCAGGAAAAUGAAAGAAGAAAUUAGGACUGAAGCUAUGCACUCAAGCUUAAGGGAGUGAAAGUCACGGGAGAUCAAGAUUCAAGUUCCGGCAGAGACAAAAAAAUGCUAGUCAUAAAUUUUUUCAUCUGCCUAAGUCUGAAUCGUAUAGCGACUCGAUAUAUUUGUUGCCGGAAGAUAGCAAGUACACGAAAAAAUAAUCGAGAUGUGCACACAAACUGACGCUAGUAUAAUCAUUAAAAGGAAAAAGAAAACAUAUGCUUAAGAACAGCUUAUAACACUUUAGUCCCUACAUUCUCUUCCACCUUGCAUUCUGACCCUUCUUUCUGGGUUGGGAGAGGGGGGUGGGUGAGAAGAGGGGGUUGGAUUUGGUGCUUAAUAUUCCAUUAGCUAGAGUCUUCUUUUGUAUUUGCUUUUUUAUUUUUUUAGUGCACAAGCUCUAUUUCUCCCUUAAUGUAUGUUCAUAUAUAUUUGGUUAAUUUUCUAGAAGUCAUGUAGUUUUGACCCUGUCCCUGUCUAAGUAAUAGUGAGCUUUUAAUUGUAUA